AACCUUCGAUGGGUGAUAUGUGCUCCAGCGGUACCAGUGAUAGUAUCUAGCACUUAAUUACUAAUUAGUUACAUGAAAUUAAGAAGAUGGAUCAAUAGACCCACAGGGAGUCCCCAGGGACUCUCUUAAAAAUUCCCGAUUUUUCCCAAAUUUUUUAAAAUUUGUUGCUACUGAUGAAAACGUUGGUAAACGUCGAAACGUUUAGCUAUUUAAUUUUAUAAUAAUUGUACGAAUAAAAGUAUAUUAAAAAUCAAUCAAACAUUGUGCUGUAUUCGUAUUGAAAUAAUCCAAUAACCUUUGUAAACUUUUUUGCAUGUCUCGUCUAAAAUGAGAGUAACAAAAACACUGGCAUGUUCAUACACGUAUCUAUCGUACAAAUCAUAUAUUAUAUAUACAACGCCAGACGGCGAACGUAUAGUAGUAGAUAAAAAAAUUUGUAUAUCCCCUUAUAUUGCCUAGCAAUAUCUAAACACCUGUCCGAUAGCAUAUAUUCCUUGACUUUAAUCUACUGUCUUACAAAAUGGUUGUUCAUCUAGUUUCAACCGUUUGAAUUGAAUUGGGUCAAAACUAGGCAUCCAAAAAUCUCUACUACUGACGUGAAAUUUUCAAAUUUCAUGAUAGAAUUUAUGGAUGCAUGCCUAGUUUUGACUAUUGAAUUACCGCUUUUCUCUGCCAUCAUUGUGGUUAAAUUCAUAGCAACAUACACUAGAUGAAGACACUAGCUCAGUGAAGUGCAAAAUGCAUAAAUGUCUAAGUUGAGAAGUUGCGUAUUUGAAAGACCUUGUAUUUUAAUUGUUUAUUAAGAUUUAAAAGACGAAACUUUUUCAGCUUACGGGAUCUUUUAAUUUAAACUUUUUUUCUCUUUGUAUGAUAAAUUUAUUUCUCGCGUUCUAAGUGUUUUGGACAUCAAUGGCUGACAGACUGCAUCAUGUCUGUCUUCUUCUGACAUAAGUAUAAACUUUCGAAAUGUUGCUGCAAUAGGUGCAGUUCGAUUUAGAAGAGUGUAGCUGUUUAGCAGACAUUCCUAUAGAACUUUUAUCGUCACCAGAUCAACUGCUUUAACUACAAUUAAUUUUCCUUUUGUUCAGUGAUUUAUUCAGUGGGUGGGCCGGAUGGGCGGCGACCCAAAUUAACCGACCCGAAAAUUAACAGUUGAUUUCACUUUAGCCAAAUUUUUUUAGCCAACAGCUCCUCCAAAAAUUCAACCGCCCAUUCGAAAAACGAAACUUAUAUAAAACACUGCUUUUGUUAUAUUUUUUAGAUGCCACCAGUGGAAUUAUCUCAGACGACUGUGAUAGACGGCAGUACGUCUGCUACUAGUAGCACGGUACCAACUGUCACUCCACCAUUUAUUCCCUCAUCCGUGAAAUCUAAAAUUGGUAUUAUUUAUCCUCCGCCAGAAGUGAGAAGUAUCCUUUUCGCUUUUUUUUCUAUUUAUUAUGUUCUCAUCUAUAUUGUUGACAAAACAGCUAGUUUUGUUGCUCGCAAUGGUCCUGGUUUUGAAAAAAAGGUCAAAGAUGCCGAACAACAAAACUCAAAAUUUAAUUUUUUAAAUUCGAAUGAUCCAUAUCAUGCCUAUUAUUUACACAAAGUUAAAGAAUUUCAAGAGGGUAAAACACAAUUACCACCAGAUAAUCAAAUACAAACAACGCCAACGACAAUCACAACAAAACUUCAAUCAAAAGUACCAUCUGAAAUUAGUAAAAUAAUUGAAACAACAUUUGUUCGUGAUCCACCACCUGAUUAUGAAUUUCUUGCUGAUCCACCAUCAAUCUCUGGUGAUAUAGUCAAAUUGACAGCCCAAUUUGUUGCGAGAAAUGGUAGACAAUUUUUAACAUCGUUGAUGAGUAAAGAAAUGAGAAAUAAUCAGUUUGAUUUUCUUAAGCCGCAACAUGGUUUAUUUAAUUAUUUUACAAAAUUGGUUGAGCAAUAUACGAAAAUAUUAAUACCACCAAAAGAUUUGAUGACUAGAUUAAAAACGGAAAUCGAUAAUCCACAGAAAGCGAUCGACGACGUUAAUUAUCGUGUUGAAUGGAUUCGUCAUCAAGUUCGAGAAAAGGCUAGAGAAGAAGAAGCCGUUGAGAAAGAGAGAGCUGCCUAUUCUCAGAUUGACUGGCAUGACUUUGUUGUUGUUGAAACAGUUGAUUAUCAACCACAAGAACAAGGCAACUUUCCACCGCCGACUACGCCGGAACAUGUUGGAGCAAGAAUGCUUAUACAAGAACGUUUAGAUAGAAAUAGUUUUCAUCAUUCAGCAGCUAUGAUGGAUUUAGCUGACUUAGCAGCCGAAAUGGAUAUGGCUUCUCCACCGGGGUCUCCUCAACGUACAAAUGAUCGAAAUAUGCAACAUAUCGAUAUGGAUCAGGAUGAAGAUGAAGGAGGAGCACCAGCAGCAGUACCGAGUGCGCCAAUAUCUUCAAUAACACUACGUUUAACACCUGCACCACCAGUCACAAUACCAAACAUUCCUGAAAUUCGAAGAGCACAACCACCGUUGCCUCCCUCUUUACCACCACCACCGCCUCCACCACCACCAAACACAUUGAAUAUGGGCAUACCACAUACACUUCCAACAGCUCAUUUACCAUCUGUUUUAAAACCAGAUCAAGUUAUAGUCAAGUCAUACAAUCCAAAAGAAAAAGUGAUUACGUUACCUGAAACAGAGCAAUAUUUGAUCUCACCGUUCACGAAGGAGAAAAUUCCAGCCAGUCGUAUUUCUGACCAUACAAAAUACGCAUUACUUGAUCCCACAUGGAUUCAACGACGUGAAAAAGAAGCGUAUGAACAACAAGACAAGGACGCAGUAUAUGAACCUGGUUCUAAUGUUGAUUUUCAACUGAAAAAGUUUGCUGAGCGUCGUACCGAUAUCUUUGGUAAAGGCACAUUGGAAACAACCAUCGGUCGAAAGAUUGGCGAAGAAGAUCGUCGUGUCGAAGAAAAACCAACUUGGGAUGGUCACACAGCAACGGUUGAAAAAACAUCGAAAAAAGCAAUGGCUGGGAUAACCUUAGAGGACCAAAUAACGGCCAUUCAUCGUAGCCAAGGUUUACUCGAUGACGAUACGGCGAAUAGAAUAGGUCCGACGAUUCCGAAAUCAUCACCAGUCACCUAUACUGUUACGGCGUCACAAGCAUCAAAAACAAUUCAAAAACCUCCUCAGCCAGCUUCGAAAUCUGUUACAAUCUCAGCUCCCGCUCAACCUUCUACAAUGCGUCCUGGUCAAGGUGGAAUGCUCGUUACACCCAUCACACUUCAACGUGCUCAACCAGCCGGUCUCAUUUUGAAUACUACAUCCACUCUUCAACAAAUGGUUCCUGUACGACCGAUGAUAUCUAUAGGACAAAGUGAACUUCAUCCACAUCCUACCGAUGAACCAUCGGCAAAACGAAUGAAAACAGAAGAACAACUGAUGCCGGAAGAAGAAUUUUAUCAGAAGUUUGGAAAAGGAUCAGUGACAUUUACAGUUCAAUUGCCUGUUAUUCCGGAAAAAUCAGAGUGGAAUCUCAAUGGUCAGGCUGUACCGUUGACAUUACCUGUUACAGAUACGAUAUCUGUGAUCAAAGCUAAAUUAAGUGAUUUACUUGGUGGAAUGCCGUCCGGAAAGCAGAAACUACAAUACGAAGGAAUGUUUCUCAAAGAUUCGAACACACUUGGUUUUUAUAAUAUGUUGAGAGGAUCAGUGGUGUAUUUACAACUAAAAGAGAGAGGUGGAAGAAAAAAAUAG